GUUGAGGGAUUUAGAAUGACGUCAUCCAGUGGAACUGGAGAUCGGACCCUAUCGAAUCCGAAUAACAAUAAGCAGUCCGGUUUAGUUUCAAAAGAACAUCAGUCCGCCUGCUUUUGGUGGGUGAAAUGUGAUGUUUAGCGCUAGAAGCAUUUUGGUCCGUCUUUCAAGGCGAUCUACGCUCUUCCACAGAAGAACACUUUGCGGCAACAACAAGUCAAUCCCCAUCUCCAACAACAACAGCGGCAAGGUCCGUAGUAAUAGUACAACCAACGAAGUUGAAAACUCUGUUGCUGUAAGUCGACACGAUGCCUAUAAACAGUUGGAAAACCUUGACUUCAUGACUGCUACUAAGAUGCUUUUCACGGAACCGGCAAAGAAGAAGAAAUUCGGGCUUGAUUUUCAUCUGGUACAGUUCUUCUUUGCUUGCUUGCCUUCACUGGCUGUUUAUUUGGUGGCUCAGUAUGCUCGCUAUGAAAUUAGAAGAAUGGAGGCGGAAGCUGAAUUGAAAAAGAAAGCUGAAGAAGAUGCAAAAGCAAAAGAGCUGGAAUUGAUGGCUGAGGAGGAAAAACAAGAAGCGACUGAUCCACAACUUUCCGAGUUGAAAGCAAGACUAGAUAAGGUGGAGGAGACCAUAAAAGAAAUUGUGGUCGAGUCCAAAAAACAAUCAGGUGAUGUUGCGGACAGACCAAUUGGCAAUGCUGUCAAGAAAGAACCUGCAACAGCCAAGCCAGGGACUCCUAACACUCAGGAAAAGACAACAACUCCCUCUAGUGAAGGGAAAACUCAAACAAAAACAGUAUUGCCUGAUCAAAAGCAUAUAAAAAUGGAAGGUUCCUCCAAUGACGCCAACAAACGAGAUCAGUAGCAUAUAUUAUUUCAGGAUAGUCAAGUUUUUUGAAGAGUCAGAAGUACAUAGCUUUGCAGAAUAGGGAAAAGCCACUGCUGCGAAGAGCUGAUGCUUAUUUUUCAAAUCGAUGUGUGUCGCAUAGAAGGUAAUUGGAAGAUCUAACAUUUGUAAGGAUUACUUGCUACCAUGUUGCAGAUUUUCCAACCGGAAAAGCCUAAUUUUGGAGCAUCAGACAUUUGACAAUAGCAUUCUUUUGUUGGUAGCCGAAUCAAAAGGCUUCUGUGCGAUUUUGCUAGCCAAUUCCGAGUACUGCCUUGUUAAAGGCUGAGGCAUAGUCUGUUAUAUAUGUUAGAUAAUUCCUGAUAAAAUCAAUAUUCAUUGA